AUGGCCAAGAAAGCAAAAGCAAGGGUUAUUCUCGUAAAAUUAUUAUCCACUGCUGGUACAGGUUACAACUAUAUUAAAAGUCGACCUAGAAUUGCACCUAAAUUGUCAAUGAUGAAAUAUGAUCCUGUUGUCAAGCAGCAUGUUUUAUUUACUGAAACUAAAAUGAAAAAAUAA